GCGCAUGCUCAAUUCAAUUAAAAGUUGCGUCCUAGGAGAAAGUGGCGGGCCUACAGGCUACGGUACAUGGUGUUGAAUUCCGCGAAUUGUAAUGUUACAGGAUGACAAAAUAAUUAUGUGACCAAAUUAGAGGACAGCUUCUGCACACCAGGACAGUAUUAUCUAUGCAGAACUUAAGAACAAAAAAGUGCUAAGAUGUCGUCAUCAGCAGAACUUUAUCAAGUUGGUUCAUCUGAAAAGAUCAAAGCAUUAGAAGAAGAACUAGCCAAGGAACUUCAGGAUCUUAAGAAUGAUAUUGAAGAGAAUGAGAUGCUGGGCAAAAUGCCCAAAGUUGCAAGCUCUGUGUCCCUUCCUAAAAGUGUGGAUCAUUUUAGAAAGCAGAGAGAGCAAGUCAUCAAGAGAGCUAUGGAGGUCAGUGAAGCCCAGCCACUUGUUAUUCAAGCAGAUGUCAUGAAAGAAGAAAUGGAAAACUGUCAGAAGAGAGAGUUUUCAAAGGAGAACCUUUCCCUUAUAUUGCAUCAGUUCUUUUGUGAUAAGAUUCAGCUACUAGUCCAAUGUAAACACAUGCAUAUGCUAAGAUGGAAGCGGUUCUGUGAGCACACCAGCACUCUUGAAGCACUCUAUCCACACUAUCAAAAUCAACUUGGAAUGAUUAUGUCUGAGUACAGUGAUGCCAUUGCACGAGCCAAGAGAUUAUCUGUCUCCAAUGAAGCGCUGGUAAUGGGGAAACCACUAGUUACUGAGAGCCUUGUUACUUUGGAAGAUAUGCAGAUCUAUACACGAUGGCUUGUUUCUUACUAUCACUCAGUUAAACGUAUACAUGCAUUCCUGAAGAUAAUUGAAUGGAUAGCUGUAGCUCACAAACAUGAAAUCUCACCAGAUGAAUUAGAUGAAUCUGAUCAGAUGAUCAAAAGUGACCAUCACACUGACCAGAAGAAUCAAGGUCCACAAACUCCUAAAGCCAUCAAUAGACCUGGCAGAUGGUCUAUCUUUGAUGGUAGACUUUCUAUGGGUGAAGUAUCUGUUGCUCCCUCUCCUGGUCAGACAUCUAUGUUAGAAAGUAUAAAGGAGAGAAAUGACAGCGGUGGGAUAGAUGAUGUAGGUGGAUCACUCCUAUCAUCAUCUGUUAAUGUCAUGAGUACUAAUACCAUCACCAAUACUCCACAGGGAGCUGCAGCAGCUGCUGCGGCAGGUGGAGGACCAGCAUCUAAUAGUGCUACAAUGGGGAUUCCAUGUCAUCUGCUCAAUCUAGAGGAUUUUAAACCUGUCCUUGAGUUUCUCAUGGCAUGCUAUUCAGUACACAUGAAUCUUGAUGACAUGGAGAGUGGAUCUGAUGAGAUGGAACUCAUAUCCAUCGUCACUCGCAAGUUUAAGUCAAACUUUACAAGACAAGAGCAACAGAAAACUUUCCCAACCUAUGACAAGUUAGAGACUGGCAAUGAAUCUUGGGGAGCAGAUACAUCAUCACACGCCUUACUCAAGGAGAGCAACUGGACACAGUUUAUCAAGCUCAAGCCUGAGAAAGAUCCCAAGCAAGAGAAGAUGAUGAUGAAAUUAAGACAGAGGAAUAGUAUUGAUGAACUACUGAGAGCUCAGUCACGUUUCAUCUCAGUUACAGACUUUGUGAAAGUGAUGGAUACCCUUCGAGCCCAUGCUAUAUCAGUAAGAGAACCAUCAAACUACCAAUCAGCAUCUGUAACAUCACACAGGACAGCUUAUAAUACUAACACAAUAUGGAGGAAGAUCUAUUGUAAUCCAGAGCUGUUUGAAAUUACGGGGCAAGAGGAAGACAUGGCUGUGAUGGAGUUUGAGGAAAAGGAUGUUAACACUAUGACCUAUGGUACAGGUUCACGUGCUGGUAGUGCAACAUCUCGUAGACUUAAGAAGAAAGGUGAAGAGAAUGAGUUUACAUUUGCUGAUGCAUUACAGAAGCUUGGUCUUGAAGAUGAUAGUAGUAGUCAACAGGAUCCUACCAUGGUACAAGGAGGCUAUCUCUCAUAUCUGUAUCUUCGUCAUCUUAGAAUCAGAGAUCUACAAAGGACUUGCCUGAGUGUGUUGAACUAUUUCCGUUCCAUAGAAAGAACCCUCACCAUCAAUGAUGAAGGUCUGUCUCUAGAGGGCGACACACAGAAGAGGUUUAGUCAUCAGAACCACAGACAAGGAACACCAGAAGCAGGCAUGGGAGGAGGAGGUGGACUUGGUAACCAUGGUUACCUGCAUAACACACCAGCAGAAUUCAAGUUGUCAGAAUCUGAGUUCAUGGAAUUUUCUGAUAUUGAGAACCAUGAUGAUUUCUAUACCAUUGAUGAAGGAAGGGUACAUGUACAAGAUCAAAGAGGUUAUUAUAUCAUCUAUCACAAGGCCAAGGAAGAUAUGAAGAACUUAGAGACUGAUCUCCUGCUGAUAGCAACACAUUUUAUUGAGAAAGAUCGUGAAAACAGGACUAAGAAAGACGGACCGGCAAUGUCACGUAUCAGCUCCUCAAGACGACAGAACCAUUGUGAUGAUAGUGUAGAUAUCCCUAGCUAUGGUCAUUCUCUUGUUGACCGUCAUGCUAUUCUCCUUGAUCUAUGGACCAAUGAAGCAGAGUUCCUAGAAAAUAAGAGACAGCUUCUUGAUGUAUACCUUGAAGCCUACCACAAUGUAUUUGAUAUGCAUGAGAAGAGAGCCCUCGCUCAGGAGAUGACAAACAUCAUUCACAAGCGUCCUCGCUUUGACUUUAAGAGAGAUUACUUUGUGCAUACGUACAAGAUGGAGUCUCGGUGUCUAAAACUUCAUUGUGGAGUGAUCAAGUCUGUCUCUGAUAAACAGAUUGAGAGUCAGCGUGAGUACAUCAAGCGCAUUACAAGAGAAGGGAACAAGUUUGGUCUUCCUCAUGCCAUUGUUAAAAAACAGCCAAUUUCAAUCAAUCUUAGCCGUCCCGCCCUCAAACAUGUCUUCCUUCUAGAGUUUCACCCCUCCCUAGCUCUCAUUAGUCGCAUCCCUCAGGCUGUUAAAUAUGCUUGCAACGAACUCUAUCAUUGUCAUGAACCUUCAACUGAAUCUGAAGCUAUUGCCAUGGAGAAGAAAUUAUGGGAGACUGUUCAGAAGGAAUGGGAUGAGAUGAAACCAAUGGGACAUAGCUUCAAUGCUCAAGUACAGAAAGAUCUGUUCUCUGAUCUGUUCAUUGAGGAUCCUCUGCUCGUCUGUGAGCUUGCAGCGACUCGUAUGGAUGCCCAGGAGGCUGCAGCAGGUAGAAGAACAGCCAAAGAAAAGCAGGCUGAUACCCUUAAGAUAUGGCUGGAUAUCAUGGAGACAAUAAAUUUGAGGCACAGGCUUGUGGAGACUUCUUGGGAGACUGAAAUUCUUUCUCGGUUAUACAGGGAGCAAGCAGUAGAGAUGGGUUUUGAUGAAUUUCAUAUGUUCAUGAGGUGUGUCCAGUUUGAGUUUGCUACUCAUAAAGAUGACGCUGACCAACCUCCUCCUCUCUUCAUGACCGCUCUUCAAGAAGAUGAUUCUAAUCUUGACCGUUACACUCCAGCCAAUAUCUUCUUGGCUAUUCAAGAACUGGAUGAAAAACAUGUUGGAAUGUUUAGUUUCCGUAGCAAGGAAGGCUGUCUGAAGAUCAUGAAGAAGAAUGGUCUGGAGAAUAUCCGUGUUAUUCUAAUGAUCCAGGUUGUUCAUAAGAAUUCAUUACUAGCUGCUAUUCAGCAGGGCAGUGUGUGUUCUUACUUCAAAGAAGCUGAUACUGAUAACACACCAGCAAGACAACAGCCUAGUAAUGCUCCAGUAGAGACGAGUCAUUCUGCUCAAUCUCAGGGUCGAAGGAAAUCCAGUGCAGUAGGUAUAUCUACACAGUCUGUGGUGUUUGCUGCUAAACUCAAAUCAAGCAUGGAGAAACAUAAGAGAUCCCCUGAAGCAUUUGUAUCUUUACAGCUUGAAAAGACUCCAUCCCGAGAUGUAAUGCUGAAUAAUUUCCUUCAGCUGAAAGCCAGUCGAGGAACCAUUAUGAAGAACCCAGAAGAAGUGGAGAAACUCAAAAGGGAACUGAUAGUGAAGUUCUGUCAUCGUUUCAUGAGGCGUGUAUCCCAGUAUUCUUUAAGAGGUCAAAUUAUCUCCUACAUUAAUAGUAUGAUGAACCUAUUAGAUGAGUUUGAUAUGGUCAAGAAAACUCACUUUGUUUGUGGUCUACAGAAUGAGAAGAAAGGUCCUGAAGACGAUGUAAAAGGAUUAGAAACAAAUCCAAGGGAAUUGAAGAAACGUCCAAGACGUUUACUCUCUCCUGAUGGUACCACACUCCUUAACAUGUGGUUUCUACCACAUCAUACUGAGUCUCUAGUCAUGUUCAAGACACUGGAUGAAGAUACAUGUGUGAGGGCACUCUCUGUCUCAUUAAGGAUUAUAUCAGCACUCCAUGACAUCCUACAGUACCUUUGUGCACACUCCAAGCUGGGUAGCUCACAUGCAAGACUUGGUUCUCAAAAGAAGGAUAUUACAGCAGACUGGGGUGGAACAGAAGGAAUCUGUUCUGAACUCAGAGAGAUUCAGAAACAAAUCAACAAUAUGGAGGAUCCUAAUGAUCCUGAACAGAUUGCAGAUUUUUUGAGUCUAAGACGUGAUAUUCUCUUCCUUGAGUUUGAUUCCUCCAUCCGUUACACCCUUCGAGAUACCCUGUUAUCAACAAAGAAUGUAGGUGGAUACCGCAGUGUGACCAUGAACAUGUCAUCAGCUCUCCCUGCUCUAAGCAAUGUUCAGAGACCAACACUCUACAACACUUACAUGUGUGUCCCAGAACCAUUGCAGCCAAGAGAUAGCAAGGCACAGGAGUUAUUUCCUUAUAGAACAUUCUUAGGAAGGCGAGGGCCAUUUAAUCUUAGAUUCUGGCAAUGGCAACAGAUUGAAAACAACAUGCAGCUAUGUCUAUCAGGACUCAAGGAUGUAGAUAGACAUGUUGCGAAUGGAGAGAUAUUAGGUGUAUCACUGCUGAUGGAAGAUGUUCUACUGAGCGGCCAACAGGAUAUUGUCAUGUCACCUGAUGAUAGUGAUGGUGAAGAUAUAGCAAUACAAUCCAGUAAGACUCCAUCUAGACCAAGAAGUGCUGCUAGUACCAGAUCAUCAUCUCAUUCUAGACCAGCUAGUGCUAGAAGUGGAUCUGUAAUUAAGGAGUCUAAGCAAGUUGUUUCAACUACCGGAAAAGCACUCUCCAGAACAAAGGAGCCUGUCAAGGCUUACUCCUUACUCAAAGAUUUCUUGUUACUAUGGAAACGCCUAGAGGUCUUCAAGGUUGAAUGGGGUCAACGUAAGAUUUCCAUUGAAGAGGUCAAUACUCCAGCCCUAUAUAGAAAGUUUUGUCAAACCUACAAGAUUGAGAUCCUCUAUCCCGUGGUGAAGAGUAUAGCCAGGAGAUAUGGACAGGGAGAUCUAUAUGAGGGUAUGGUAAUGGACUCAGAGCCUAUCGUUGCUCCUAAAGGAGCCUCAGAGAUGGAGCUUAGGGCUAAACAACUAGUCAAGCUCCUUGAUAAUCUGGAACAUCAUAUGAUCCAUGAGCUCCAGCGUAAGAUUGCCAAGGAGCAUGCCCUCGUUGUUGCCGAGAGAGCAAGGGAUGAAGGUAAUCUCCCAACUGACCUAUGGAAGAGACCGAUGAUUAAUGAACGUCUGAUGAUCCCCAAGCCUCAUGUUGCUGAUGACUUCUCACGUACACUUCAUAAUAUGGCUCAAAGAGAUGGUGACAAAGUAUUCUUUACAUCAGAUCAGUUAAACAGUGCUCUCACUGGGUUAGCUAAUGCUGUCAUGGCAAGAGAAAAAGGCAACUAUGAGAAUUAUUCAAUGUACUAUGAGAAUCUACUAAGACAACACCAUCAGUUGCUUUAUCAGCGAGAACAGGAGAUUAAACAUCUUCAGCAGGCCUAUGAUGAUAUUCAGACAGCGGCCGUGGUUGAUAUUCAAUGUCAAUUAGCAGAUAGGAGUCAUGACCUAUUAUUAGAGAUCACAGCAUUACGAUCUAAGCUAGCAGAGAUGAAUGAAGAAGCUAUGACCAAGGAAGAAGACAUUAGAAAUAAAGUCAAAGCUGAAUAUGAUGCUCUAGUUCAGAAUCUGUUCUAUAGUGCAUUUGCACUCAAACAACAAUUUGAUGAAUUUGGGUUGCGUCUUCACAAAGAGGCUUCAGACAUCGUAAGCCAGGUGCGACAGGAAGCUGUCAUGGCCAUGUCAAAGUUCAAAAAGAAAACAGCUGGAUCUGGAUCUGAUGAAGGACUGCAGUUAAAUCUAAAACGAGCUACAGAGCUUCAUGAAGUGAGAAAAGAGAACAAUGCUUUAACUAGAAGACUUGUGAAGAUGAAGAGCUUCAAUGGAUGGAAAACAACUAAACUUAGAGAGCAUUAUAAUGCAUUGGUUGGUCAGUUACAGCACGACCUAGACCGAAGUAAGCGGGACUACUUGGAAAUCAAAAUGGGUGCAAAUGAGGAAGUCAUUCUCCUACGUCAACAAGUGAUGGCGCUACGUAAGGCUUUGUCAACAUCUGAGAAGGAACGGGAGGCAACCAAGAAAGUUCUUGACAAAGAAAUGCGGAUCAAAGAAGAGCGUAAACAUCGUGAGGAGCAGGAAGCAAGAAACCAGCGACAGAUGGAGCUUGCUAGGGCUGCAACAUUAGAUCGUCUGAUGGAAGAAAUAGAAGAGAAGGCAGCAAAGCUUGAAAUAAUGGAAGAGGACUUAGAUAAGACAAGUCGUCUUUAUCACACAACCCAAGAAAAAACUCGCAAAGAAGUCACACAGGUGAAAUCUCGAUUACAUCAUGAGCGUAAUAUGAAACUAGAUGCUUUCAAUAGAGUUGAUGAACUACAGACUCAAGUUUAUGACUAUGAGUAUGCUGUAUCAAGUAUGUCACGCCCUUUCACAUCAAUGACUAUGAGAUCUAAGUCAUCUGGUAACGGUUCGGAGCGCCAGUCAAAGAGUCGAAACACCGUGACACCAGCACCCUCUACCACUACUACUGCUGGAGGGUUAACUUCCUUUCCUCCUAACUAUAGAUCUAUUACUCCUGAUCCUUACCAGCCUAAUAAUGAGAGAGAUCGUAUGACACAAAGACCUAAAACUGUUGGGACAAGGUUACGUAAUCGUAUCGCUGAGCAGCUUAUGACAGAUCUGACACCUGAUAGACAUGAGACUAUCAUGCAGCUACAGGCCAUAGAACAACAACACAACAUCAAUACUAAAUAUAAAGUCUAAAAAUAUCAAACACUUUGAAUUUCAUUUCUUCAAUAAAUGUGACUGAAUCCUUCGAACCUCUAAUAUUUGAAAAUUCUUUGAUUCAACAAAUUUGUAUUGUAUUGUCUCUUUGUGUCACUCUAGUUUGACACCAUAAACAGGUUCGCACACCAAAGUAUAUAUUUUAUAUCCUAUAACUUCUGCCUUUAUUGAGAUAUAUUAUAAGGAUUUGUCUUUCAAAGGAGGUUUGGCAGGGUCUUAUUUUAUUUCAAUCCAAUAUUUUUUUUUUUUUCACAUUUCAGUUUUCAGGUUCAGUUCUUAAAUCAGUUUUAAAAGAUUGUUGAUAAGUGAACAUACAGUUGAGUCUACCCAAGUCAAAUCUAUAAUGGGGCAUUGCAAGAAACUUACGAUCAAUUGCAAGUCUAUUUUUGAUCCCUAAAUCAAUCAUAUGUCUUGCAGUUAAUUGAGAAUUAGUGAUUGAUUGCUAAUCUGCUCCUUGAAACAAGAAGUUUAAUCUGAUUUGCUCUAAUUAACGUUGAUCUAUCAGUUGUAAAAUUGCAACAGAAUAUUUGCAAUUGAUCGCAAAUAUUUUCUUGCAACACCCUCUUAGACCCUCAGAAAUCUGUUUUACUUUAAUAAAAAGAUAAUAAUGCAUGCUUUCCAUAUUCUAGUCUGAUAAAUUGCCUUGGAUAGUAUAAUUACUAUACUUAUAGAAUGUUGAGUAAUUAUGCAGAUUUAUGCAAAAUUGUGUGGUAACUUAUUUUUCACCUAGUAUUAUUCCCAUCUCAUUUAUGAUUUUAGAAUGGAGUAAUGUUCAACUUUGGAAGAAAAAAAUAAUGCUUCAAAUGAGUCCAUGAUAUACAACCCUAGUAAUGUAAAAAAAAAAAUGGAAAAAAAAAAACUCAAGACUUGUUGUUGGCAUCACCUUGUAUUAUAUUUAUUGUAUUUUAAAAGCAUUUGCUAUAAUGAACAUUAUGUAAUGCAAUUGCUGUUUAGAAAUUUAAAUGGGUAUUGGUGUGUUAGCUUUAUUGAAUGUGUGAACUUCAGUUAAUCAUUUAAAUGUGAUGUAUGGUGUGUAUUCAUUUGACAUUCCAAGGUUAGACUUCAUUAACACUGCAUUUCAGCUCCGUCCAUUAUGAAGACUUUGACUAUAUUAUGUGGUAUAUCUCUAUUAUUAAUUUUUAUGUAAAAUAUCAUGAAUGAAAUACUAACACAUCCUUCAAUCAAGUGAAGAUAUUCCGAACUUCCAAGAUUUAAACAGAGAACAAAACAAAAAGGUUUUUUUUUCUGUGGAUACAUAUGACAUUAUUGUGCCUUUCAUCUAAUCACUUUUAUCCAUGUCAUGACUUGCAGCCUAUAAAUUGAAUACAAUUAUGCAAAUUUAACAUGGUCAUAAAGAUAUAUUUUUAAAAUGUAUGUUAAAACUAGUAAACACUUUGUACAAUAAAUAUAUUUUCUUUGGUUUGUUUUGAACAAAGCCUGUUUUUAUUUUAGCAAAUUAAAUAAAUCAUGGAUGAUUUUACAAAUCUAUUUGAAUUUUCUUCAAGAGAUAAGAAGAAAAUAUUCCACAAAAUAUUUUGUUGUUGUUUAUACUUAUAUACUUGAUUUAUACAAAUCUAUUUAAAAAAUGGUUUAAUGAAUGUGUAUGUGUAUAUGUGGAAAGUAUUUUGUAUGAAAAUGUUUAUUCCUCACUGAAUGCUAAAUAAUUUUGUCAUUUUAGUAUUUUAUGCAAUUGAUUUUAUGAUAUGAUUGAAAAGACAAAUUGCAUUAUGACAGCAGCUGAAUAGCUUGUGUAUUUAUCCUUAUAACAAAGAAAAAUGUAUUUACUGUGUUGAAUUAGGAUGAUAGUACACACUAAAGCAAGAAAAGAAGCGAAGAGUUUUUCAUUAGAUGCAAAGUUUAUUUUGUUUUCAUGUUAGUCAUUACAAUGAACCUUUGAUCUUGACUUAUAACAUUUGUUUGUUUUCCAACAUUGAUACAAGAAUAAUAAAAUACAAACAUUGUGAUGAUUAUUCACCAUUGUAAACAGUUGCAUUGUACCUUAAAAGCUGUGUAAACACUGUUAUCUAUAAUUCUUUAUAUUUUGCAUCCAUGUCUACCAACUUAAGAUGUGUGUGAUGAUUAACAGAACAUUUACAUGUAUGAUAUAUUUUAUAGUAUUGAUACCUUGUCCAAUUAAUUUCUUAUCGUUUUGAACAAUCUUUCAAUCAUGUAAUUAUUACUAAAAAUGUUUUACUUAAGUCCAUUUCCUCUGUUUGCUGUGUUGUAUGAAAAUAUUUGUAAAUAGAAAUAUUGUUUGUGUGUAGAAAAGUGUAUAUAUUUAUUUUUACAAGGAAUACAGAGAACAAAAGAAUCAUUGUACUAUAUAUUUGAAGUGAAAUAAAUUAUGAGAGGAAGUAAUAUA